CAUGUGAUUGGGGAAAUUUUGGGAGGUGAAAUGUACCCAGUUGAACGGUUCGCAAUUGAACCUGAAAAAAAAGCUUUAAAGAACCAGCACUUGGUUCUGAACCUAUGGAGGAUGGACUUACAUUUAGUCUUUGGUUGUGACAGACCUCUACACAACCAAUGUAGUCUAGCAGCAGUAAGGGAAGUGUAAUGUCCGGGGCCAUGAUAGCUAGCUAAGAUAGCUGUGUGUCAGGUCGGCUGAAAUAUUUGGGAAAUUUACCAUGGAAUCUUGGUUAAGAUAAUCAGUUUGAGCAUCAGGUCCAUAUGGCUGUGUAUGAUGAGGACAUUCUGAAGAAUCCUUUCUACCUGGCACUGGAGAAACAGAGACCAGACCUUUGCAGCAGAGUGGCAGAGCUGCAUGGCAUUGUCUUGGUUCCUUGCCAUGGAAGUUUAUCAGGUGGUUCUUACUCAGCAGCGCAGUUUGAGAGCUAUGUCCUCCAUCCGGCAGAAGAGGGCUACCAGACCAUCGAUGGCAAGGAAGUAACCAUAGAAAAUAACCAGGUGCAUUUGGGUUCAGGAUUUUCUGUGCCCAUUCUAUUCGAAGAGACCUUCUACAAUGAGAAGGAGCAGGCCUACAGUAUCCUGUGCGUCUCUCAGCCCUUCGACUGCAAGACAAACCGAGUGGAGCUGAGUCCCGUCCCUGCCCUGUCCUGCCUGAACAAUGCCGAGGAUGCAAGGAAAUUCCUGGGCCGCUCUUCCGAGAAACUGGACAAGCUCAUCACGGCCCUCUGCCAUUCCCUCAAAGAGCAAGAGAGGAAGGGCCUCCGGCAUCACAUAGACUCCGUACAUGCUGUGUACACAAAGUGUCUUCAGUGUUUGCUGAGAGACUCCCGUCUGAAGGUGCUGGCCAAGCAGGAGCUCCAGAUGACUCUUCUCAAGCAGGCAGUAGAGAUGUACAUACAUCAUGGUAUCCAUGAUUUCCUCUUUAGUUACGUGGGAACUCUUGAAGCAAGCCAGGAUGCUGCAUUCAAUAAAACAGCACGAGGACUGCAGGAUUUGCAGCAGAAAGAUCUGGGUGUGAAGUCAGAAUUCAGUAUAAACAUUCCCCGUGCUAAGAGGGAGCUGGUUCAACUGAAUCACUGCACCUCCCCUCAGCAGAAACUGCUCUGCCUCAGGAAGGUCGCACUCACCAUUAUGCAGUCGCGUGGCCGUGCAGUCAACUUUAAGGCAAUAUGUGCAGAUGAUCUUCUUUCAGUUAUUCUGUAUCUGCUGGUGAAAACAGAGAUUCCUAAUUGGAUGGCAAAUCUUAAUUACAUAAAGAACUUCCACUUCUGCAACUCCGCCAAGGAUGAGCUGAGUUACUGCCUGACCUCGUUCGAGGCAGCUGUGGAGUACAUCAACCAAGGCAACCUCAGUCCAGGGUCCAUGGGAUCAGGGGAGCUCAGUGAUAAACUGUUCCUCAGGCAGAAGAUGAACCUUCUUUCUCAGAGUUCUUCUGCACCUAUAGACUGUUUGUUUGAGCAUAUAGCGAAUGGGAAUGAUCUUGAGGUGCAGCGCUUGCUCAGUGAGGGUGAGAGUGAGAAUGACAGAAGUAGGAUGUGUCACCCACUCUGCUCCUGUGACUCAUGUGACUUGCGACUGUCAGGGAGGCUGAAUGACCCCUCCAUAGUCACGCCGUAUUCCCGGGAUGACCGAGGCUACACUCCUCUUCAUGUUGCUGCUAUAUGUGGUCAGUCUCUGCUGAUUGAUCUGUUGGUGUCGAAGGGAGCUGCGGUGAAUGCCACGGACUACCACAGUCUCACCCCGCUCCACCUGUCCUGCCAGAAGGGCUACCAGAGUGUGACGCUCCUGCUGCUGCACUACAAGGCGACCACGGACGCCCAGGACAACUACGGAAACACACCUCUGCACCUGGCCUGCAUGUACGGCCACGAGGACUGCGUGAAGGCGCUGGUCCAUUAUGACCUGCCGGCGUGCCGGCUGGACGUGCAGAAUGAUAAGGGGGAUACGGCUCUGCACGUGGCGUCUCGCUGGGGCUAUGAGGGCAUCAUGGAGGUCCUGCUGGAGAACAGCGCCUCCACGCUCCUUCACAACAAGGCCGGUCAGAGCCCGCUGCACUGCGCGCUCAAUGCCAAGGUUCUGUCCUUGCUAGAGCGUGCACACAAUAACUCCAGUAAAAAGGGGAGCAGUACUGAGUCUCCUGGUCACUCUCCACAGCCAUCGGAAUACAGUAGCCGACGCUCCUCUGUAUCCAGUAGCUUCUCUCGCCUCUCUGUGGAGGCCCGCUUGGAGAGUGAGCAUGCCCACGACAAGGAGGUGGAGAAGAUGCUCCGUGCAGUGGCAGAUGGAGACGUGGAAAUGGUGCGCUACCUGUUGGAGUGGUUAGAUGAAGACCUGGAGGCAGAUGAGAAAGCAGAGAUGCCUGAGAAGACAGAACUGUGCCACCCUUUGUGCCAGUGUCCCAGAUGUGAACCCAUGCAAAAGAGGUUCUCGGCGCAGCAGCCGGACUGUCUUGGUGUGAACAGCAGCAGCGUGGAUGGCUUCACGCCGCUGCACGUGGCUGCUCUACACGGGCACACGGCGCUGCUCGCCCUGCUCAUCCACCACGGCGCCAACAUCAACAGCCGAAACGGCCAGAGCGCCACGCCCCUCCAUCUGGCCUGCCAGAACAGCCACGUACAGGUGGUGACCUCACUGCUGCAGUGCAAUGCCAAGCUGAAUAAGAGGGAUCAGUUUGGGAACACGCCUCUGAUCCAGGCCUGUCUGAAGGGACACGAAGAGACUGUGGCGCUCCUGCUGCCGAGUGGCGCUUCGGUGAACCUGGCCAAUAACCAGGGCAACACAGCCUUGCAUGAGGCAGUGAGAGGAGGUCAUCAGACGCUGGUGGAGCUUUUGCUGCAGGCCGGAGCUCUGACGCACCUCAGGAACAAGAGACAGAGGACGCCCCUCGACUGUGCUCAGGAGACCGCCAGCAAGAACACAGCGAUUUUGAAGAUUCUACAGAAAGCCAGCAGCCCCACUCAUGAAGCUGACUUAUUCAAACAGCUCUGCACACCCCAAGGAGAUGUAGCGAAAAUGGUUUCUCCUGAUGCAGUGCCCUCGCUCGCCCAGAGGAUGAAGGAACGGGGAGGUAGUACUGGGUGGAGGCUACAGGAGCAGACUUUACACAGUAUACAGCAGAAGAAAUCCUUUCUAGCGGACACAACCACUGCCUCCACGGAGUCUCCGACCCUGGCUUCGGGCGGCCGCAGCGAUGAGAGGUGUCUUCACAGAGGGGAGACGGUGGAUGGCUGUGUCCCGUUCGGCCACCCCUCGCCACGCCCUCUCUCCCCCGUCCUGCUGGCCUCACAGGGCCAGGGCAGAAGACUGACCCGCUGCCACACCAUCCACCAGGACCCGGGCCACGGCUUGGCCCGUGCCCUGGAGCCCACAGACUGCUGCUCCUCCGCCGACCAGAUGGCGGAAGCCAGUGCUAAUGGCCCACCUGUUCCCUGUCCUAGCCCUGCCCCUGAACCUGCACAGGUUAGCAGAGAGCUGGAGGAGGGCAGUCUGCCUGGAGCAGCAGAGGAAGACGACAUGCAGCAGAGGAAGAUGAGCCUGGUCACUGCAUCCACAGAGAUGGACAGCAUUGUGGUCUGACAUUGUGCGCAGGCUGAGAACUCUGAAUGCUUUGGUGCGCUUGUGAAGACUCGGAACAGGUUUAAUAAGGCAUGCUUCAGUCAGCAUUACUGAAAUCAACAUUACAGAAAGUGCCAUCUGCAACUUCAGCUUGUGCUUAGGGCCAUUCAGUCUAAAUAAUUAAUUAACUGAAUGUGAAAGAAAUAAAAACUAAAAAUAUUCUGACAUGGAUUGAGAGGAUGUGAGAAUAGAUAUAUAAGAAUGCUUGACUGUUUUCUUUUUAUUACUGCUAUUGUUAUUUUCGAAUAGAAAGGGAGGUGAAACUGACAGUGUAGCUAUAGCAAUUUUGGACUGUAGACAGCCUGACUUGAAAAUUAAAGUGUAGCACAACAUGACAGAUGUUGAAGACAGGCUAUUUUAGUGAUAAAGAAAACUUUUAGCCUGCAAUUUUGUUUUACCAGCACUUUUUAAUCAUAUGAAUGCAUCAUAAAAAGGGAUUGUUACACAACACAUUUACUGUUUUUAUUUUUGCUUUGCAUUACAUUUUCUAUAUUAUGGAAAUUACUGUUUUAUAUUUAGUUAUCGAAAGACUUGCACUUAAGUGAAUAUAGCUUAGGUAUGACUUACAAAAGCUAGAACUAGCGUCUGUAUGUGUGAUGCCCUUCACAGUCCGUGCUUGUUACGGCUCUCCUACAACCUGAAGUCUUAGAGAGAUGCCUCUGACUUUCAGUUUUUCUCCAUUCCUCCCAUUUGGACCUUUUUCACAUUCUGACUUCUGACUGAACGUUAAAAACUUGAUGGGUUGCAUUUGGCUAUUUUUUCUCAUCUUCCUCACAAUUUGAAUGACUGUGAAAUGUAGAUCUAAAAAGUUCUACUGAAAAAGGAAAAACAAAAAAAGCACCUUCUUAAUUUUUCUUAGUCGUCAAAUAAAUGUGGAAAGUAGAAUAUCCUCGGUGCAUGCACACAACAAAUGCAAAAGUGCAGAUGCGAGCGCCCUCUGGACAACAUUUCAGACAUGUACUUUACUCCUGGAAAAGUAUAUGUUUAGAUAGUCUUAA